GCAGCAGAGGUAGGGUGUUAAUGGUGGGCUGCGCGUCAGUGAGGAGGAGAGAUGAGAAGAGUGAAUCCAUCCGUAAGGAAAGUCAUAGUGUCAACACCAUUUACCCGUGCACUGAGGCUGCUAUGGUCGUCUACAUCUGGAGUUUGAACAUUAGCAAUAAAGACAUUCCUGCGCUCAAUCAAAGUGCAAAUGUCAGUUCAGGAGACCCCCUAGAGCCCCACGACAUCCCACCUGGCCUGAGCCGGACUGGCCACACGGUGACAGCCGUCUGCCUUGGAAUCAUUCUGGUGUUUGGAUGCCUGAACAACCUCUUUGUCCUGCUCAUCUUUGCGAGGUUUCGCUCACUGUGGACACCUAUAAACCUCAUUCUGCUGAACAUCAGCGUGAGUGACAUACUGGUUUGUUUAUUUGGGACUCCCUUCAGUUUCGCUUCCAGUCUCUAUGGGAAAUGGCUGUUGGGACAUAAUGGCUGCAAAUGGUACGGUUUUGCCAAUUCGCUUUUUGGAAUUGUGUCUCUGAUGUCUCUGUCCAUACUGUCAUACGAGCGUUAUGCCGCCCUACUGCGCCCCACCAAGGCAGACGUGUCUGACUUCCACAGGGCCUGGCUCUGUGUGGCAGGAUCCUGGCUCUAUUCACUGGUAUGGACUCUCCCACCAUUCCUGGGCUGGAGUAGCUAUGGACCCGAAGGACCCGGGACUACAUGCUCAGUGCAGUGGCACCUGCGCUCAACCAACAGCAUGUCAUACGUGAUGUGCCUGUUUAUCUUCUGUCUGCUUUUACCCCUGAUGCUCAUGAUCUUCUGCUAUGGCAAAAUCCUGUUCAUUAUCAAAGGGGUAACUAAAAUCAACCUGCUGACCGCACAGAGGAGAGAGAACCACAUUCUUCUAAUGGUUGUCACCAUGGUAUCCUGCUAUCUGCUGUUCUGGAUGCCUUAUGGGGUGGUAGCCCUGCUGGCCGCAUUUGGCAGGAGGGGACUGAUCACUCCCGUAACCAGUGUGGUGCCAUCAGUCCUGGCCAAGAGCAGCACUGUGGUCAACCCGGUAAUCUAUGUUCUUUUCAACAACCAGUUCUACAGGUGUUUCUUAGCAUUUCUGAAAUGUCAAGAAGAACCAUCUAUUCACGGUCAGAACCAUCAGCAAAGCAGCAAAGAAGAUCCUCAUGCUCUCAGGCCCUGUGAUGGGCCCUCGUUGCAUCGCAACAUCAAGGGCCCCCAGAAUAAAGAGCAGCAUACUCUGUCCUUAGUGGUUCACUACACACCCUGACACUCUCAAAGACUUCUCAUGCUCUGUACAGGUCAGCGUUUAUAAUGUGCCAGGAUGGAAAACAAUGUGCUGAUAGUUUCAUUGGACCAGUAUCAGAAUCCUUAUAGGACCAAACCAGAAUCACAUUUAUUUCUUUGUGUGCUUGUUUUUUAAUGAGCUCCAUGCAUUGAAAGUACACAAUGCUUGUCAGUUUAAUUAUUACUCAAGAACAUAAGAAUGUUUUUUUAAUAUAUAUGUAAAUACACUGAUUGUACACAAAUGCUGAUUAUAUAAGGAGCUUUUGAAUGAAGACAAUACAUCGCUAACGGUGCAAUGCAGCAGCUAGUGUAAAUAUCAGCGCUGGAUGUAGUGUAGUGACACUUGUUGCCAACAGUAGGAGCCACUGCCCAUGUCAUACCGAAGUGAGGUGGAGUAUGAGUGAUUAUGCACAUAGAAAUGUGAAAAGUUUGGUCGACAUCCAUGUGCUGCUUGAGAGAUUUUCCAUCAAUGCAUAUAUUAUUGGUCGUUGUUUGUGGAAUGUUAUUUAAUCUCUAGACAGCUCCUGUAUAUGUAUUGUAGCACAAUAUUUUUAAGACUAUGUGUUGUAAUUUCGAAUUUCCUGUGCUUCAUUGAUAUCUCCAUUAUCAUAUCAAGUAAUCUACCUUUAUUACAUUGCACAAAACUGUAUAAUAUAAGUGUGAGUCAUGUCAAAUCACAGUUAUAUCGCUGUAAUAGUAUUUUGGGACUUCAGUCUUGCAUCAUAUGCACAUUUUUCAGAAAGUGUAAAAAUUUGAAUAUGUGCCAUUUGUAUAGUCAGUUCCAUAGGCCCACAGUCUCUCUCCUUUUCACCAUCACACACAGAACACACACUGAGUCAUAUGUGCAUCACAAAGUCCUUGGAAAAAGAAGCAGAGAACAAAAAGUCUGCAAUAUACGAGUGGAAUUCUUUCGCCCUGGAAUGAUUUUUGAGCUUUUGUUUUUGCAUAUUAGUGUAGCUACGCUAAUGUUCACUGUAUCAUGAAUAUUAUUAUAAUACCAAUGCAACACUGUCAAAAAAGAAGAAAAAUAGAUUUCUUUGAUGCUGUUCACUUUAUUUAAACAAUUCAUUUUGAUUUAACGCCAGUGUAUUAGGUUUCUUGUUGAAACGUGAUUGGUUAAUGUUAAAUUGGUUACUCCUUGGCUUAACUCAAUGUUUUUAUUUUGAAAGAACAUGCAUCAAGUAGCUCGAUCAAAAAGGGCAAAUUAAUUUUGUUCAGUUUACUUAAAGAUACCAGAAUAAACUCUGUUCAUCAUUUUUGUUCUAUUAUGUUGGUAUUUAAAAGAGAUUCGAGUGUCGAGCGUGUGUUUGGGUUGAGGCUAACUUGCAUUCUAGUUGCUUUGAUUAAAAAAAAGAAACAAUUGUAGGAGUGUUAUGGAUGUAAACAGCAACAUUUUUGAGCUACCAAUUCAAAAGUUAUAUAUUGAAUAUUGAAGUGUCUAAGUAAGUUGAUUCAAUUGAGGUAUUCGUAUGUCUAAGUUUAGUUUAUUUAUUUAAAAUAAAUAAAUACGUUUAUUUAACAUAAAGUAUUUGAUUUAAAGUAUUAGUAUUAAAUAGUUUCACAGUAUCAAUAGUAAAUAUGUUCCUAAAUUACUAUUUUUUUUUUUUUUUUCAGACACCCUAUAUAGUGAAAAUCACAUAAAGCAAAAGCAUCACGAUUAUACAGUAUAUGAUAUAAUUGCACUAUACUUGCAAUACUUGUAAAUUCAACUAAUGUUUCAGUAUAUAUUUACUAUACUGUACUAUAAAUCAUACAGCCUUGAUUUUUAAGGGGCAUCUAAAAGUAGAUCUAGAUUUUACAUCAAAAAAAGUUUAUCAUGCCUUGUGUAUCUUUUGUUUGUGACACAAUAAGUGAUAAGUGCCAAUAUCAUUCAUUGUAUAUGACCUCACAUUACUCAUGAGAACUGCAUAUUCAAAGGAUUGAAAUGUGGAAAGGAUCACCCAUGUGCACUUCCACCCAUAUGCACUUCCACCCACAUCCAUGCACACCACGCAGAAAGCAAGCUGCAUAUUACUUCUAAUGUUAA